AUGCAAUCAGAUGGGGAUGGGUUGGGAAGAUAUAGGGAUGAUCUUACCUUCAAAACUCUCCGUGGGUUUGGGGCCGAGCUCAAAUCCGGAUCUGUAUCUCAAUUUGGGGGUAUCAUGCUCGUUAAUAAUAACCACUGGAUGGCGUUCUCAAUUUCUCCCAUUGAAUCAACAAUUUACCUUGGUGAUUCCUUAUGCCCAACGGGGGACGUGCAAUCAGCUGCAGCAAAGGAAGCGAUUAUGGUCCUUCAAUGGUGGCUCAAUGCAUCCUACUCCAGAUCAGAUCGAUCAUUCCACAUUGCAUGGCUACCGAUUGCGUACCAAAAUGAUGCCUCAUCGUGUGGCUUCUUUGCUCUUGAUGCACUGAUGCAUCACCUUAUCCCAACCGAACACCCGCUCCACACUGGCAAUGACACAGCGACACUUCAUGUCAAACUUCUGAUGUCGAUUCUUGACUGUCACAGCACGCAAACAGUCCCAGCGCUCGUCCCUGUGACAGUGGUUGACCCAGUGGAAGUGACCCCAGAAAUGACAGUCAGACAAUCAAUGGCAUCAGCGAUAACGAACCCGGUACCUACGAUAUUCCCAGCAGCAGCAGCUAACCCAGCGACAAUCCUAGCAAUGAUGACAUCGUCAAACCAAGUGGCACCGGAAAUGACGAUCAGACAAUCGAUGGCAUCAGUUGAAGCAAUAACAAUGCCGACACCUACAAUAUUCCCAGUAGCAGCAGCUAACCUGGCAACGAUGAUCCCAGCAAUGAAGACAUCGUCAAACCAAGUGGCUCCGGAAAUGAUGAUCGGACAAUCAACAGCGUUAGUUGAAGCAACGAUGACCCCAGCAAUGAUGAUGUUGCCAGACCAAGCAGCACCAAUGCUCCCAUUGGCAGACCUUGGAUCGAACCCCAAUAGCGGAGGACUAAGGGGAGAAAGGAAAAAGCUGGACCUCACCUUUUGGGAGGAAGAUAAGGGACAUGGGAUACUGAAAUUCUUCUCCCGUGUCAGUCGCAAGGAAUUUGAGCAACAGACAUUGAUGCAGUUUGAGAAGAUCACGGAGAGACAUGAAGAUGCACAGAUGGAAGAGCAGCUGGUGUCCAGGGUUAAGGCAGAGAAGAGCCGAGCAUUAGCUCGAGAACGACAGCAGCGGCACCGAGCAAAGUUGGCAGUGGUGAACGGGACUGAAGUGGGGGAAAAGGGCCUGGAUGGUGCGGACACGAAUGCUAGUGUUCCAGGCAUGAUGAAGGUCCGAAAGUUUGCACGUGCGACAAACUGGUUCCAGCCCAUCUUUUGGGUUGUGAUAACCGAAGUGGCGGCGACUGUCGGCUGGAGCAUGAGCCCCACUGAAAUUGUGAAGGGGUGUCAAACAAGAAGCCAGAAACUCUUCCAAUCACUCUGGGCUGAUGUUGUUCGUAAAUGGAUUGACCGCACAGGGUCACGUCCAUGUUGGUCUGAGGAGACACUUGCAAAGGUCGCGAAAGAGAGUUGUCCUGGGGGGAACAUUACAAGGAAGGGCAUAUUAGCAUCCUAUCCUGAGACCAUAGAGGCAAUCAAACAAACACUCCUUAGCAUUCGACAAGCUGGCGCCGCACUGGAUGCUCACCAAAUUCGUGGUGUCAUCAUUGCGCAGAUUCAGCAUAGCCGGCCCAGCAUCCUAAGGACAGUUGUGAGAAAAGAUGGAAGCAUCUUUGCAGCGAGUAUGGGCUGGGUUCGAAAGUUUCUCAAAGAGGAGAUGAAGUGGAGCUUGCGUCGAGCGACACAUGCCUCCCAAAAGAUCCCUCCCAAUGCCGAUGAUAAAAUUUAUUCUUCAUUGCUUCGCCAAGCAUACUCCAUCCGUCGAUACAUGAUUCCUGAUAGCCUCCGGGUGAACUCAGACCAGACUCAAGUAAUCUACCAACAAAAUUCGACCUCUACAUAUGAAAAGAAAGGAUCACGCCAGGUUUCCACUGUCAGCCAUGAUGAAAAGCAUGCUUUUACUCUUAAUGUGGCCAUUUCUGCGAAUGGGGGUCUUUUGCCAUUCCAGGCCAUCUUCCGAGGCAAAACCCCAGCAAGUCUCCCCUCAAUAAAUGCCCCAAAUUAUGAUGACACAAAGCGGCUCGGCUUUCUUUUCGAGAUCUCUGGCAAUGACACCUAUUGGGCUAAUAUUGGAACAAUGCAAUCAUUUGUAAAAACAAUUCUGGUCCCUUAUUUCAACGCUGAAAAGGGCCGACUCUCCCUUUGUUGGAGGAACCGUGUGCUAUGGGAGGCCGGACGAGUUUUCGUACAGCCACAUUCCCACAUCCGGGUGAGGAACUCGCCCGGACAGCCACAUUCCCGCGGUAGCGUGACUACUUAG